AGUAGACGGGCGGGCCUCUUCAGCGGCGGUCGCCUGCUGUCCCCCGGAGCACCGCGGCCCAUGAGGCGGUCCUGGGAGUGCCAGCAGGAGCACACACCCCGGGGCAGCCAUGGCGCAGGAGGCCUCGCCGGUCGUCCAGGACCCCGCCAAGUGGGACACCACCAAGGAGGAGCGGCGCAGCACGGGCCGCUACGUGGUGCUGGUGGUGGUGGUGUCGGCCUGCGUGCUGGGGCUCUACCAGGCAUGCCUGCAGCACAACGCCGUGCUGGCGGGGCUCAUAGUGCCGGCGCUCAUCAUGGUCAUGUACGUGGCCUGGGUGCUCUACACGGCGCGCAACUCCCGGUCGCACCAGUGGCUAGCGGCCGCCAUCAUACGGGAAAGAGCACCCAACCAGAAGUCUGACAGCCAGAGCGGCGAACAAGUGGUUUGAGCUUCUUCGAGAGCCUUCCAGAGUCUCCUGUGGUCUUCCUGUGCCUAGCUGUGCUUUCCUGUGUAUUAUACUGACUUAUAGUGCCUUUCUGCACCGUCCACUGUGUGCCUGGCUGUGCCUAACUCCGGCACAGUUUACGCCAUACGUGCCUUACCGCACCAUUGGGCCAUUCCAACACCUUCACUUGCACUUUAGUUCUUACCAACAUCUUUCCUGUGCUUUACUGUCUCAUGCCGUCAUAGAUUUUUACAGUGCCUUUUUGUUCAUUAUAGUCCCCGACUGCGUGCGAUGUUCUGCUGUAGACAAGAACACUCACUCCCACAGAACCGCAUUAACUUUACGUUUAACCGACUUGACCAUGCAGAAGGAUUUAGUACAAUUUCUACAGCUGUUCUCUAAUGUUUUAUAAAGUAAAGUUUUUACUUCUUUGAAGAGAAAUUGUUAUUUUUAUAUGUGUUGCCUACAUUCCAAUUGUUCUAAGGCCCAUUACACAAGUAAAACAAACAUCUUGGUAGACCAAUUUUUUCCCCCCCAGUAUUUACAUUUUUAUUUUAAAUUGUUAUAUUCGUCAGCUCUUGAAUACUUGAUGAGUGAAAUGAAAAUUUCACCCGAAAGAGUUGGUUAUGGGAGGGUAAAUAUUAGUUCAAGAAUAAUUUUGACCCACUGUGAACAUUUAGUUACGUGCCCUGCGAAAUGAUUGUUAUUUGUACAAUUGAAUUGUAAAAAAUGUAUUAGUAUGUAAUUUUUUUUUUAAAAAUGUGACCUGUAACAAUUGAUUAUAAGCAUUUUGUUUUAUUUAGUUGUGUAGAUGUUCAAAUGAUGUGUUAAAAAUAUAAUAUAUUUAAAAUAAAGUUCUUAAACCAUUG